CCCUCAUCAUAUGAGGCGGCGGCGGCAGCUUCUGCGGGGUCUCCAUCUUUCCCUUCCCUCUUACCGAGCAUGAUAGGGCUGAGGCGCCGAGCCAUGCCCUUGGAAAGGUCGUAAACGUAGAGCUUCACCGGGUGCAGCAUCGGAGGCGAGUCCAUAGCAUUGGCGAUGGAGGAGAGGUGAAGGGGUUACGGAAAGACCCCGUGAGCAAUGGGGAACUUCUUUGCCCGGGCUAGUUGUGAAGAAAAACGGCAGGGAGUCCAGCCGGCUCGGCUCCCGUUUACUAUCGCGGUGGUAACCAACUGACAGAAGCACAACAUUAAGUCAUGUCAGACUGGGUAUCAUACUACAAAAAUGAAGAAGGUGAGGAAGAGGAGGAACAAAAUGAAGAAGCUGAAACAAUUGGAGAAUAUAAAUAUUCAGGUCGGGACACCUUGCUUUUCUUAGUGGAUGCCUCAAAAGCCAUGUUUGAUUUCUAUGAUAAUGGGGAUUUGACACCUUUUGAUAUGACAAUCCAGUGCAUUCAGAAUGUGUAUACAAACAAGAUAAUCAGCCAUGAUCGGGACCUUGUUGGUGUGGUGUUUUAUGGUACUGAGCAGCAUAAGAAUUCUGUGGAUUUUAAGCACAUUUAUGUUCUUCAGGAUUUGGACAAUCCAGGGGCAAAACGAGUGUUAGAGCUGGCCAAGUACAAGGGAGAGCAAGGGAAAGCGCUCUUUCACAAGUCAUUUGGCCACAGCGCUGACUACUCAUUAGGUGAGGCCUUCUGGGUUUGCUCUAAUCUCUUCAGUGAUGUUCGCCUCAAGAUGAGCCACAAAAGGAUCAUGCAGUUUACCAAUGAAGAUAACCCACAUGGUCAAGACAGCACGAAUGCCAAAUUUGCUAGGACUAAAGCUGCUGACCUCCGAGAAACAGGUAUUUACCUUGACUUAAUGCACCUGAAGAAGCCUGGGGGUUUUGAUAUCUCCUUGUUCUACAGGGACAUAAUUAAUACAGCAGAAGAUGAGGGCUUAGGAGUCCAUUUUGAUGAGUCUGGCAAGUUAGAAGACCUCAUGAAGAAAGUACGAGCAAAGGAGAUGAGGAAGCGAACAUUAUCCAGGCUGAAUUUGUUUCUGGGAAAAGAUGUGGCUCUCACUGUUGGCGUUUUCAACUUGAUUCAAAAAGCUUUCAAACAGCCUCCGGUGAAACUUUACAGAGAAACCAAUGAGCCAGUGAAAACAAAAACACGAACCUUUAACCGGCAGACAGGUAGCUUGCUUCUCCCAAGUGACACUAAGAGGGCUCAGACCUAUGGGAACCGUCAGAUUGUGCUGGAGAAAGAGGAGACGGAAGAAGUAAAGAGAUUUCAUUCACCAGGCUUGUAUCUGAUUGGCUUCAAACCCUUGGUAUUGUUGAAACGACAUCAUCACAUCAGACCUGCCCAAUUCAUCUAUCCCGAUGAAUCUUUGAUUAGUGGAAGCACUACACUCUUUAAUGCCCUGCUAACAAAGUGCCUGGAGAAAGGAGUGAUGGUCAUAUGCACAUACACCCCUCGUCACAACACUCCUCCCAGGUUUAUAGCCCUGGUUCCUCAGGAAGAAGAGCUGGAUGAGCAGAAUGUGCAGACAGCCCCCUCAGGGUUUCAUCUAAUUUUCCUACCUUAUGCAGAUGACAAACGGAAAGUUGACGUUAUGGAGAAGGUCCCAGCUAAUCAAGAACAGGUGAACAAAAUGAAGGAAAUAGUUCAGAAGCUUUGCUUCAAGUACAGGAGUGACAGCUUUGAGAAUCCAGUUCUACAGCAGCACUAUAUGAAUCUGGAGGCCUUGGCACUGGAUUUGCUGGAACCUGAAAAGGCUGAGGAUCUGACAUUGCCCAAGGUUGAGGUAAUGGAUGAGAGACUGGCGAGUCUUGCAGAGGAGUUCAAACAACUGGUUUACCCACCAGGCUACAAUCCUGAUGGGAAAACUGCAAAGCGAAAACAAGGGAAUGAUACUGGACAACCAGAAAAGAAAGCCAAGACAGACAUCUCUGAAGAGGAGCUGAGAAAUCAUAUUCAAAAAGGCACUUUGGGUAAACUUACUGUGCCAGUUCUAAAAGAUGUGUGCAGGAAUUACAGGCUGGUGGGGGGAGCAAAGAAGCAAGAACUCUUAGAUGCGGUGACUGAAUAUUUUAGUAAGCACUGAGAGUUCUAUGCAGACAUCCCGCAACCGCUCAGUCUCUUCAUUCACUCCCUUAGAUUUUGACAAGGGAAAAAGAGUGCAGUAUCUUUAUAGUCAUACGUAGAUCAAAGGGUUUGGGAUGUAUAUAUUUUUUUCUUGAGAGGUUGAUAAGAUCCAAUGAGAAAAGGCCUCAUUCUGUCCACCUCUGGUUCUAGACAAUGAAAACUUGCAUAACUUGUGCCCUAAUAAAUGAGCUUGUUUGGUA